GGUGUGAAACCCAUUUGGAACGAGGUAUGACCAAUUUCGUGUUCAAGGCGAAAUGUGAGCUUUCUCACAACCUACUCUAAUCAUAGUUACUUUCCCCACUUUUUACAGGUGUGAACUUUCAAAACAAUAUCUGAGUUUUAACUCUUUUUUUAUGCUCAACAAACACUCUUUACCAGACUGUAAAACUCUUGAAGUGAGACAUGAUCCACUCUAAAAUUAACUCUGCACACUGACCAACUGUUUUUUUUCAUGCACUUAUACAUACCAACACAAGAUAUAUGUAUCGCUCUAACAACACACACACACUCUUACACAUAUCCCCUCCCACUUUCUCACUUCUUCACUUUAUAUAUAUAUAUUUGUACACACAUAUACAACAAAUAUGUCUCAUUGCCUUCUCCAAGGUAAGCGUUUCUAUGGGCGUGAAUGGGCCUAUGCAAAGAUCCUCAGCUCACUUGAACGCCAUGAAGGGGCAAUAUCUUCUUCAUCUGUUGUAGUUGCCCAUAGUAACAAUGAAAUUGAAUCUGUGCACCAUCCAGGAGGAGAACAUGCCCUGACAACAGCAGCGGCAGCUGCCCCAGGAGGUGGUGUAUUAGUUACUGGGGGAGCUGGGUGUGGAAAGUCUGCACUGCUCUGUGAACUGGUGUGGCCAGCUGGUGGUGCCACAGCAGCUACAGGAUCGAACAGUGAUAGUGGCAGAGACCGAGAUGGCUGGGUCAUGGUUUCAAACUCUACUGUAAGCAAUGUUGGUAUUGGUGGUGUUGUUUAUGGUUCUGGGAUCAGACCUGGUGUUGGAUUUGGCUCUAAUGAUGGUGAUAGUGGUAUUGGAUCCACUCGAGACAGAGAUAGAGACAGGCAUGGACGGGUUGCAGUUUUAAAUCCACCUUUAAGUAGUAGUGUUGCUUGUGUUUCUGGGGCCAGACCAGGUGUUGUUAAUGUUGCUGUUGGGGGUGGCUCCAGUGCUAGGUUUGGUUCCAAUGAUGGUGAUAGUGGUAUUGGAAACAGUAGAUGUAAAGAUAGAGAUACUCAGGUCACAGUUUCAAAUUCAGGUCCCGUUGUUGGAGGUGUUGGUAAUGUCAUUUGUCGUCCUGGAUUUGGCUCUAAUGAUGAAGACAGUGGUACUGGAUCCACAAGAAAUAAGGAUAGCCGUAUCACAGUUGCUGGUGGAGGUGUUAUCCGUAGUCCUGGGAUUCGAUCAGGUGUUGGAUUCAGCUCCCCUGAUGGUGAUAGCGGAACUGGACCUAGUAGAAAUAAAGAAACAGGCACUGGGAUCCCAGUUUCAAAUCCAGGUGAUAGCAGUGGUGGUAUUAGUGGUGGCUAUGGUGAUGUCAGUUGUGGAAUUGACAAAGACAGAGAUGGCCACCGCAUCACAGUUUCAAAUUUAGCCACUGAUGGUAGCAGUGGAGUUGGUGGAAAAGGAACAGAAGAAGGGCCAGGAUGGCGACAACAACAGCGAGGAGAAGGGAAAGAAGGAAGAAGAGAUGGAAGUAGUGGAGGAGGAGGAGGACGUUUCAAUCCCAGUUGUGUCCCUACCUUUGUCUGUGUCUCAGCUGAUGCGGCUGCAAAGACAACAAUAGGUGGUGAUGAUGAGCUCAGCAUGAACACCACAUCAACAAACAACAACUAUGAUCACAGCAUGAAGCUCACAACAUCACCAAAAAAUAAUGAUGACAUUAGCAUGAACGUCACAACAUCACCAAACAACAAUGAUGACCUAAGCAUGAAAACUACAUCAUAUCCCAAAAACAUUAAUCUUUGCAUGAACACCACAGCAGCAAACAACAAUGAUGAUGAGGUCAGCAUGAGUGCUACAACUUCACCAAAGAACAAUAAUCUCACUGUGAACACCACUAAUUCAACAAACAACAAUGAUGAACUCAGUAUAAAUGCUACAUCAGGAAGGAAUAAUGACGGUGUUAUUAUGAACACCACAUCACCAGCAGAUGACUCCAAGUCCUCAGUGAAAGUAACCACUGUUACUUCUACUGAAUCCAACACCAUAAAUAACGCAAUUCACACUCAACCUCACACACAAACUCAACCCCACAGUCACCCUUAUCAUGCUCAAACUCAAACUCACACUCAACCCAAGCCUCACAUGCAAUCUCAGUCUCACACUCAUGCUCAUGCUCAUUCUCGCCCUCACAGGUCAUGUGUGCCUUCACGUUGCUGCUGCUGUCGGCGCUGGCGUUGUUAUAACAACACUACCACCACGACCAACAACAACAAUGAUAACAACAACAACAACAACAACAACAACAACAACAAUAAUGAUGAUGAUGAUAAUGAUGAUGAUGGUGUUGGUGAUGGUGAUGAUGUUGAUGAUGAUAUGACCAACCUGAAUUCACUGCAGGAUUCACCACCACCACUACCAGGAGCAUCACUGUCCACACCAGUACUACCACAGCCUUCUACUGUUUCCUCACCCCUUCCACUGAAUGUGUGGCAUGAACCUCUUGUCAAUACUACUGCCGCUACUUCUGCACUGUCCCCACCAGUGCCACCAACAACGGUCCGCACCACCUUAGCAGGCCCUGCAGCUGCAUCAUCUCCCCUAGUGACAGGGUCUGUGGCCCCACCAGAGGAGGGCAAAAUGAAAAGGCAGCAUGCCUUAAACAGGCGUGUUCUUGCUUAUCACUUCUGCCAAGCACAUGAUGCACGCACACUGUCGCUCUCAGGCUUUGUAUUGAAUGUUGUCGAGCAGAUCAGGAGAUCUAACCUGAUUGAGGGCUAUGCUGAGUUUCUUGAACAUGCCAUGACAGAAAUUGAUGACAAGGUAACAUGUUGUGCCAGUGGAUGUAGUAGUUGUUGUUGUGGUGAUGGUGGUGGUUGUAGUAGUUAUAAUUGUUAUAGUACUGGUUGUGGAUUUUGUUGCUAUAGCAACAAAAAUGACAAUGGUGAUGACAAUGGUGGUGAUGACAGUAACAAUGAUGGUAAUCAUGAUGAUGAAUAUUAUUACUGCAAUCAUAAUAUGAAGGAUGAUGAUGACAAUGGUGAAGAGGAAAAAGUAGAAAAACAUGUUGAUCAAAAUGUUGCCAAUCACUGUUGUCACAGAGAUGAAGAUAGAGAUGAUGAUGAUGGAAAUGAAGAAUCAGUCACCAUAGCAACAAGAAAUAAAAAUAAACAAAUGGAAAUGACAGCCCCAAUGGCACAAUACGGGGUGGGAGAAAAUGAACAACAACAACAACAAGGGGCAGACAAAAAAGAAGUAGAAGAUGAUGAUGAUGAGUUGUUAUUUGGAACAAGAGAUUAUUUUGUUUUGGAGAAUAGACAUGAUUAUGAUGAUCAAGCUGCUGGGGUAGAGGUUAAUACUGGAGUAGGUUUUGAAGAAACAUCUAGAGCCAAUGAUUUUGCUGCUCUAGGGUUGUGUGUGACACGGAAGAAUGGACAUGGCCAAAACAACAGCCAUUGGAUGACAGGCAAGAGUGAGAGUAAUGUCAAGAGUGAGAAGUUAGGUAAUAGUAAGACUGUGAAAGGAAUGGUUAACACUGGUGUGGAUCAAGCUCAGACAAAAGAUGUUUUGAUGUCAGCAACACAAGAUUCAUCACAUGAGGUGUUAGCAUUGGCAACAAAAGAGGCACCUGGAAAGAAAAUCAAGGUACAAGAAGAGAAAAAGAAAGAAAUGGAAAAGAGGGAUAAGUUGCAUUUGAAGAAAGAACUAGAACAGGAAGAUAAGAAAAAGAUAAAAAGAGACAAGCAACAGUUGAAGAAAGAGACCGAACAGGAGAAGAAAAAGAUAAAGAAGGACAAAGUACAAGUAAAGAAAGAAGUGAAUGAAAAGAAGGAAAAACUGCAAGUGAAGGAGAAAGAGCAGGAAAAGAAAAAAAAAGUUGAGGAACAAGUGCUUGAAGAUGACAACAAUGAGAACCAAUAUCACCAAAAUGAUGAGGAUGUUCUUAAUCCUAUUAUGACAUCUAAGGUGUCUCCCCAUAAUUCUGACAAUAUAGUGAUGACAGCAUUGGAAGAGAAAACGGAGUUAAACAAGGAAGAUCAGAAUAAAAAGAUGGAAAACAAUACAGUACUAAGCCCAAGGAGGGAAAACAUUAAGAAAAAAUGCAGUAGUAGUAAAACUUGUCAUAACUGCUGUAGUGGAACUUGUCUGACAGUUCAUUCUAACAACAAUUCCAGGAACAGUGACAGGGACCACAGCAUAUUGCCAACUGCUGCCUACCUUCAAGCAGAAAUGAUUGAGAGUGAUGCUGUUGAGGCAUUCCGCCGUCUUGUGCUGUUACCACUUUCCACAGUUGUAUCACCACCACCACAUAGCCUCCUUUUAGUUGUUGAUGCACUUGAUGAAUCUUUCUUGCGUCCUGGUUGGUUAGCACCUCCCGAUGAUGCUAGUGUUAGUGUUGUUGAUGAUGACAGGGAUCACGUUAGAGAUAACAGUUUGCAAGGUCAACAACAGUUACAUCAUCACCAUCAACAGCCGCUGGGGCAGAAUAAUAACAGCUGUUGUCAACACCAUAGCAAUUAUAAUCAUCAUCAUCAUCGUCGUCGUUGUCCUCCUCAUCAGCAUUAUCAUUCUCAUCAUCAUUAUCCCCAUCACAAACAUGGAAAUUGCCAUCAUCAAAAUAACAACAUUGGUGUUGUAGUGGAAGGGGGAAAACAUUCUUGUGAUGACCCUAAUCAUCACUAUCAUCAUCAUCACCAUUGUUCUUAUAGUCAUCAUCAUUACUGUGGCAAUUGUCAUCAUGGUAAUGGUGAAAAUAAUUAUUAUGGUGAUGUUGUUGUUGUUGGUGGUGGUGGUGGUAAUGAUCUUGAAAAGGAGAAGAUAGUAGUUGCAAAAGAUGAAAACAUUAAUAAUGAUGUAAAGAUGGUAGAAGAUAAAGUGAAACAAUUUCAGAAUUUAGAGAAUGACUAUGGUGCUUAUAAGGGUGAGGAUAGUUAUUAUGUUGAUGGUAGAAAGAAGACAGAAGAGAACAAAAAGAAGCUAGCACUAGUGGAUAAUAAAGUGAAACAUUUAGUAAAAUUAGAGGAUAAUUACGCUGAUUGUAAGGUUGAAGGUUUUGAUGUUUAUAAUGAUAAAAAGAAAUUAGAAGAGAAAAAGAAGGAGAAAUUAAAGAUGGUGGAUCAUAAAACAAAAUGUUUGCAGAACAUAGAGAAUGACUAUGAUGAUUAUAAAGGUGAGAAUUAUUAUUAUGAUGGAAGUUGGAAAAAAGACAAAACCGAGAGAGAGGAGGAAAUGAAAAACUUGAGAAAGGAUGAGCAUAAAGUGAAAUGUUUGAAGAAUGUAGAAAAUGAUUAUGAUGUUUAUAAAAGUGAAAAUUUUGGAGAAGAUGGUGAUGAUGAUGGUGGUGAUAGUGGUGAUGAUGAUGAUCGUGAUCAUGAUGAUGAUCAUGAUGGUCAUUAUGAUGAUGAUGUUGUUGAUAAUGACUCUAAGAAUAGGACAGAAAAGAUGAAAAAGAAGAGACUGAAAAUGGUAGAUCAUAAAGCAAAAUAUUUACAGAAUUUAGAGAAAGAUUAUGAUGAUCAUAAGGGUGAAGAUUAUUAUUAUGUUCGUAAGAAAAAAGAUAGGAAAAAGACAGAGGAAGAAGAAGAAGACGAAAUUAAUAAGAAGCUGAUUAUGUUAGCAAAUAAGGCGAAAUGCUUGACAAAAGUACAAGAUUACUAUGAUGAUUGUAAAGGUGAUCAUGAUUAUAAUAAUGAUUAUUUGUAUGAUGAUGGGAAGAAGACAGAAGUAGACGAUAAGAAAAAGAAACAGAAGGGAAAGACAUGGAAUGAUUAUGGGAAUUAUAGUGGUGGUUAUGAUGAUGAUGAUGAUGACGGUGAUGAUGAUGAGGAAGAGGAUGAUAAUGGAAAGAAGACUAAAGAAGAUGACAAAAAGCAGAAGGUUGUGGAGGAUAAAUCAAAACAUUUGCUAAAUGUGGAUGAGUAUAAUGAUUAUUAUAACGAUUAUUGUGAUUAUUAUUAUGAUGACGAUAUUGAUGAUGAUGAUGAUGAUGAUGAUGAUGAGGAUGAUGUUAGGAUGAAGAGAGCAGAAGAGGAUAAGAAGAUAGAGAAAGAAGAAAAGAAAAGAAAGCUGAAGUUGCAAAUUGACCGGGACAAAGUGAAAUGUUUGGCAAAUGCAAAAGAUGAUUAUAACGAUGAUGACAAUUAUUAUUAUUUGGAUGAUGAAAAUAAGAAGGAUAAAAUAAAAAAGCUGGAGGAAUUAGAAGUUAAGAAAAAAAAGCAAAUGCUGAAGAUUUACCAGGACAAAGUAAAGCAUUUGCCAAUUGCAAAAGAUGGUUAUGAUGAUGAUGAUGAUGAUUAUUAUUAUUAUGAUAGUAAGAAAAAAGAAGAAAUAAAGAAAACAGAAGAUCAAGAAAAUAAGAAAAAGCAAAAUCUAAAAUUGGGCCAAGACAAAGUGAAGCAUUUGCCAAAUGCAAAGUAUGAUUAUGAUGAUGAAGUUGAUGAUUAUUCUAACUAUAAAUAUCAUGAUGAAGAAGAGAAAAAGAUGAUAGAAGAUGAAAAGAAAAAGAAAAGUCUGGCUGUGAACAAGGAGAAACCUAAGCAUUUGCUAAAUGCAAAAGAUGAUGAAGAUUUUGAUGAAAAUGAUGAUUAUUAUUGUUAUUAUCAUAAUGAGGAACAGAAGAAAGCAGAAGAUGAAGACAUGAAAAAACUGAAGACAGGUAAGUUCAAAGCAAAACAUUUACUGAUGGCAGAAAAUGAUGAAGACGAUAGUUAUUAUUGUCAUGAUGAUGAUAAUGAUGAUGAUGAUGAUGAUGAUGAAGACUAUUAUUAUUAUUGUUAUAGAGAUGGAGAUGGGGAAAAGCAACAGCAGCACCAUCAUCUUCAUAAAUCCAACAUGAGUCAGUUGGUGAACCAAGAUGAAGAAAAAUCAGAGACAAGCCCUUACCACCAACAAGAAAAGCAACAAAAACAACAGCAGCAACGCCAUUUACAAAGGCCAAGUUCAGGUCAAGCAGUGAAUUAUUGUCAUCAGAAUGACAACAACAAAGAAACAGAAACAGGAACAAGGGGUAGCCCUUCUCGGCGACAACAACGUCAACACUACUUAUCUGGGAUUCGAACAUCAACCUCAGAAUCAAAAGGCAAAACAACAUCUGUUUUAUCCAGGAUUCAAAGCACAACUUCAACACCAGGAAAAACAUCAAAAAAUAGCGGGAAUCGAAUGUCAACAUCAGAAACACAAACAAAAUCAAAAACAGCUUCUCCUUCUGCUUCUAGAAUUCGAACUUCUACAGCAAAAACAGCAUCAUCUCCAUCAGUGACCAGGAUUCAAAACCCAACAUCAGUAACACCAGAAAAGACAAGAAAAACAAAAAGAACAGCCUCUCCACCUGUUGCCCCUGGUACUCAAAUCUCAUCAUCACAAACAACAACUAAAACAGCAGCAACAUAUACUGUGCCUGGGGUUCAAAAGCCAAUCUCAAAACAACAAACUACAGAAAACACAGCUACUUCAUCCACACCUACAAUGCCUGGAACUCAGGCUUCUCCUUCAACAACAACACCUACACCCAACCAAACUAUUAGUACAAUUGCUGAGCUACUAGCUGCCACACGAUCACUGUUUCCUGAUUGGUUAUUCCUUCUUUGCUCAGCACGUGAACAUUGCAAACCUGUGACUAAACUCUUUGCUGGUUCUGGUCUACGUCGUAUUGCACUCGACGAUCUCCGCCGCUCACAUGUAGUGCGUGAUGUUCAGCGAUACAUCCUGUGCCGGUUAGAUGCUGAGCCAGCUUUACGGCGCCAUCUCAGCCGGCAGGCGGCACACACACUCAACCAACUGCACAUCAAGAGCAACGGCUGCAUGCUGUACCUAGAGACAGUGCUUGAUGGAGUUGCUGAUGGGUCAGUGAGUUUGGCUGAAGUACGACACAUUCCACCUACGCUUAAUGGCCUCUACCUGUGGCUCUGCCAGCGUCGCUUUGCCCAUGCUCCACGUCGCUUUGCCGAAGCACGCCCUCUGCUUGAUGCUGUACUUGCAGCUGCUGCUGCUGCAGCCCGGCCUCUCACCAUUGACCAGCUCUAUUUGUGUGCUGUUGUACGUGAUGCCCAUCUCACUCGCCAUGACUUUGAGCGUCGGCUUGCUUCAUUGUCUCGUCUGCUUGUUGGUAUUCGUGUGGGAGAAGAGGGUAGUGUAGAUGUUCUGCAAGAAGUCAUACAUCAACAGGUGCGAGGAUCCACUGGCAGUCAAGAAGAAAAUGGGCAUCGUGGCCUAGAGUCUUGGCCCACCAGAAUGGUAGGCCGAGCUGGUUUGGCAGAAUGUGGGCGUGGACUCUUAAAAUCUCGUGCUGCCCAGUUAAGGAGACUUGGCAGUUUGGAGGAUGUUGGGCGUGACCGCAAGGAACCUAGAAUCACUCAGCCAGCAGAGAUUGGCAAUCUGGAAAAUGUGAAGCAUAGCCAUACAGAACCUAGCUUUGUUAAGCUCAGAAGUGUUGGUGUCCAAGGAGAGAAUGGGCAUGAUCACAUACAGCCCAAUACCGUCCAUACCCAUCUAAGAGGUAUAGACAGCCUUGAAGAUGAGGAGCCAAGUUUGAAGGAAUCUGGGCAUGGUGACACCAAACUUCCUCUUGCUCAAAUGGCAAGUCAUAUGCCAAAGUCUACCACCACUGAUGCUGUAACUAUUCCCUCUUACUCUAGUUAUUCUACUACCUCCUGCCAUCCCUUCUGCAAUUUUUGUUCUCAUCGUUCUUGUUCUUCAUGUGUUUGUUCUAACGUUGCACCUUGCUUCAGCACUACCACUACUACUACAAGACCUGCUACUUCUGUGCCGACAGCAUCUCCUAGUCAUCAUUAUUGUCACAAUCCUUACAGUUAUCAUCCUUGUCAUCAUAAUCAUCGCAAGAGCCAUCAGCAUUGUCAUUGUUGUCAGCAUUUCAACAAAUUGCCUUCAUCAUCGAGUUUCUGGUCUUCACCAUGGUCAUCAUGGUCAGCACUCAAUCUAAAUCUGACUUUCAAUAGUGAUGGUCAAGUAUCAUCUAGUCUUGGCUCUUUGUCAGGGUCAGUAAUAAGAGGAGAUUGGAGAGCAGCUGUAGUAAGAGGAGAUAGAGAAGGUAGAUUGGGGGAGGUGGUUGUAUCGACACGGGGAGAAGAGGUUGGAGUGGGAGAAUUAAAUGGCAGAGGAACUGGAAGAGGUAUGGGAAGAUUAGGAGAAAGUAAUAGAAGAGGAGAAAGUAGAAGGCUAACAUCAACAGUGAUGGCUGCUCCACAUCGACGACAACACCACUACCAUGAAUUACAACAGCAACAAUAUCAUCAAAAUCACCAAAAGCAAUACCACCCUGACCAACACCAUCACGUCCCUUUAUGUCAAAGUAAUAAACCUAAUCAGCAUCUCUCCUCAGCACAGUUAUAUGAAAGUUCACCAGCAUGCAUCUUUUUCCAUCACAGCUUUGCUGAAUGGCUUCUUGAUGUGAAACAUUGCACACCAAGGUUUCUGUGUUCAGCUGGUGAAGGUCAUGGAGCACUUGCUCUGGCCAUGAUGGCUUCAACAUCACUCAUGAUUCCUAGUAAAUGUCCAUCUCUGGUGCCAAACAAUGGCCAGUUAGUUAAAAAUAUUAAUGGUAGCAGAUGUUGGAAAAAGCCAGAUGUAGGACAAUACCAUCAAUCUGUCCGGAGUUGUGGUCAUAAUCGUGGUUGGCUUACUGCAGCCGAGGUGCAGGAACUUGGCUGGCAUCUUGUUCAAGCCAAGUUUCCUCCUUUGGGAAUGGCAACAACAUCAACAACAACAACAGUAAAUGUUUCCACCAGUGGUGUUACACGUUCUCCAAUGGUCACCACCACCAACACUGUUACAGCCACUGCAACAACCUCUCUCCCAUUCCUGCUGAAUCAAACUACCAGCAUGCUAGCUGCACAGGGCUCAACCUCUGCUAAUACAGCCGAUACUGUUCUUGCCCCACCCCCACCUUGUCAUGAUAUUAUUUCCCCAUCCGUCCAUAAAGGAAUCCUUACCAGUGCAAGUCCUAUGACAACUACUAUUGCAGAAGCCAAACCAAAACCAACAUCAAAACAACACCGCCUUCUACAUCUCAAGCAACAAUAUCAACAUCAACACCAACAUUACACCCAACAAUUACAACAGCAACCACAUUCAUUGCAGGGUCAUAUGACUCAUCAUGAGCAUCUUGUGCUCUGGCUGCUUGCAUCAGGUAUCAACCUGGAAAGCUGUUUACGAAUAGGAAUUCCAGCAGACCAGAGAUUGCUGCAUCUUCUUGUAGAUGCAGGAGCAACAGCCUCAAAAUCUACCCCUGACAACACAUCUGACAGUGACUUUGACCACUGCUCCUGCAAUCAUGUUGCAACUCACUUUGCAGUCGAGACUCACUAUCAUAGCGAUGACAACAAAAACACUUGUACUGAUAGGACUGUUGACAUUGAACACAGGACUCAUUACCUUGAUAGUGAUACACCUUUCAAUGACAGUCAUUACAUGGAUGAUGAUGCCACAUGUGCAGCUGUUAUUGAUGAAGUCAUCAACGAUAUCACCUCUACCAAAGGAAGAUCCGAUAUCAGAAUUGAUGCAGGUAGUUUUCAGAAAUUAUCCAAUAGACCUGUACACUAUGCUGGAGAUCAUCAAGAAAAUGGAAAAAUUCCUGGAAAGUAUGAAAAAGCUGUAUCAAACAACUCCACCAACAACAAUGAUCACAAGCACCAUCGCUCCAGUAAUGUAAGCAUGUCACCUCACAGCCAAAAUGAAAGCUCUCCUCACAGUGUUGUCCUUGAUGAAAUACCUAGCACAGUGGCACCAACUUCCCAAUCACCCACCUUAGCAACCCCGACUAUAUCAUCCAUUCGUAAUCGUGACAACAACAACAAUGAUGAUAAUGAUGAUGUUGAUGAUGAUGGUUUUAGUGGUGUCAGUGAUAGCAAAAACAACCUCACCUGCACCAAUAUUAGUCCCACCACUGCCACCAAUGUCAACGUACCUUGUGAUAUAGAAGACGAAGCAAAAGUAGAAGAUGAACACAUCUCCCUUGCAAAUAAUGAUGCUGAAGAAGAUUUCAUAUAUGAGCAUCGGCUGAAUGCAACUCUGGAGAGACUUCGCCAACUUCGCAGCAGUGGUGAAGCGAUGGAAAGCAUAGGGACAACUGAUGCAGAAAAUGAAGCUGCAGACCUUUCUGCCAUGUUGCAUGAAUGCUCGGCACGUGGAGAUGCUAAAGCUACUGUUGAACUACUUGCCCUAGGAGCCAAUCCUUGCAUUUCAGAUGCUUACGGCCAGACUGCACUAAAUAUAGCUGCCCGUCAGGGACAUCUGGCAGUGGUAGAAGUGCUUCUCGGGUCACCUCAAGCUCCAGAGCUCACUGAUGCAGCUGAUAAUGAUGGCUGGACACCUCUCCGUUCUGCUGCCUGGGGUGGCCACACUGGUGUUGUUGAAGCUUUAUUAGCUGCUGGUGCCCAGGUUGACCGUUGUGAUGCUGGUGGAAGAACAGCAUUACGUGCUGCUGCAUGGGGUGGCCGAGAAUCUGCUGUCCGUUGUCUCCUUGCACAUCAUGCUGAUGUGAACCGCUGCGACAGCGAGGGACGAACUGCUCUCAUUGCUGCUGCAUACAUGGGACAUGCUUCCAUUGUAGAACAUCUCCUUGAUGUUGGUGCAUCUGUAGACCAUGAAGAUGCUGAUGGCCGAACUGCCCUCUCUGUGGCUGCUUCACUUUGUGGCACAGGUUUUGUUGCAUUCGUUUCUCCUGGAACAGUCAAUCAGGAUGCUGAUGAGUGUGAAUAUGAUACUCAGCUUGGAAAUGUAAAUAUUCGGGAUGAUGAUGAAGACAAUGAUGAUGGUACAAGGGGUUGUUUAGAGGCAGGAACAAGGGGGAAAAAGAAAUACCCCACCGUCAAUGACAAUGAUCUUGGCACAGAGGGAGAAAUAGUGGAUGAUAUAAGCAAACUAGAGAGACAAAAGGAAGGACGAGCAAGUGCAUUCAGCCAACAGCAAGGACAUGAUCAAAGUUACCCACCCCAGAACGUCUCCUCUGCUGCCAUCAGCAAUGGCAUGGCACAAGAAGAGCAACAGCAGCAGCAAUACCAGCAUCAAAACCAUGAUGCAGUUGUAGCAUUGCUGCUUGCCCGGGGUGCGUUUGUUGACCACAGAGACCUUGACGGUGCCACUCCUCUGUUGGUAGCCGCUCAUGAAGGUCGUGAAGAAGCAUGUGAGUUGCUUUUAGAAUGGGAUGCAGACGUUGAUGCUGCCGACACUGCUGGACGUACACCACUGCUAGCAGCUGCAGCAGCUGGCCAUGCAGGUGUUGUUCGUCAGUUGCUUUACUGGAAUGCUGCAGUUGAUGCCAUUGACGGGGAAGGACGCACUGUGCUGAGCGUGGCUGCUGCCCAAGGUGAUGCAGAUGUUGUGGGACUUCUACUGGAGCGAGGGCUGGAUGAAAUGCAUAAGGAUAAUGCUGGGUGGACUCCUUUACACAUGGCUGCAUACGAAGGACAUAGAAAGGUCUGUGACAUACUGAUUGAACACGGUGCAAAAGUGAACGAGACAGACAAUGACGGUCGCCAUGCCCUCAUACUAGCAGCCCAGGAGGGAAAUCUCUCUGUAGUGGAGGGUCUGCUACGACAUGGUGCUAGUGUGGAUCAGCGUUCACAUGAUGGCAAGACAGCACUACGAGUCAGCUGCCUGGAAGGCCACGAAGCUGUAGCCAGCCUUUUGCUGCUUGGACACCCUUAUCCUCCCGAACGAGGCUGUGGUCUCAUUUUGGUUGGUGGGGGAAGUGGGGGUGUAGGAGAAGGUGGGGAUGGUGAACCAUUUUCUUCAUCCCCUCCAUUGCCACCACAGCUAGGCGUCCGCAGGCGCCGGCGCCGUGGCUACAACCCUCAACCACAGCCUCACUCUCGAGCACUCCAUUCACCAGAGACACUGUUGCUUCACUCUCCAUCACACUCACCCACACAGUCACCCUCACACUCGCAACUACAUGCACAGACACAUUUGCAACUGGACCCAGAUUCUGAAUUACAGUCACCUUCACAGCAUUCACAUUCGACACCACCACCACCAACACAAGUACCAGGAGCAGAUGAAGAAACUGAUACCUGCCGUAACUUUUCACCCUCACCACCACCACUGCCUCCACGUCACCGCUCUCCAACCCGAAUUCGACAUCGGAACUCUGCUUCUGCCAUACCUUCUUCUGUUGCCAAUUUUGCAGCAGACUCUACACCUUCUGCAUUUAUUGCUGCUACUAGUUCUGCUUUCAGUGCUGCUGUCACCUCUACUCCUUCCACUGCUAUUGCAGCAUCUGCUCCCAUCCCCACCGUUGCCAACACUACAUCUGUUGCUGUACCUCUUCCCAUCAAGAGAAAACAGCGGUUAUGUGGUGGACCCAUUAGCUACAGUGUUGGUGGUGGCGGUGGCGGACCAUUGGGCUCAAUUCUGGGAACUGGAUGUUUGGCUGAUCCAAAUUACCAUGAUGCCGAUGGCCGCUCAACAUUGUAUGUAUUAGCACUGGAGAACCGUGUGCGCAUGGCUGCCUUUUUGCUGGCCAAUGGCGCUGACGUGGAAGGUGUUGACCCAGAAGGACGAACUGCAUUACAUGUGGCUGCCUGGCAAGGUCAUGUUGACAUGGUACGCCUGCUUGCAGAUGUGGGUGGUGCAGAUUUAGAUGCCGCUGACAAUGAGCAACGCACACCACUGCAAUCAGCCGCUUGGCGUGGCCACGCAGGUGUGGCACGCGCGCUAUUGAGACGUGGUGCUGCUGUAGACCGUGCUUGCAGCCAGGGAGCAACAGCUUUGUGUGUAGCCUCACAAGAGGGACAUGCUGGUGUGGUACGUACUUUGCUUGCACAUGGAGCUGAUCCAUCACGUGCUGACCGCUAUGGUCGGACACCCCUGCGUGUUGCACUGAAAAGUGGACAUCGAGAGGUUUAUGCACUACUCAUGCAUGCUGCUCGGCAUGGUCGGAUAGGUCAUACUGACCAGGCAGUACCCCCAUUGCCAGGUGGUGGAGAACAUGAUGAUGCAGAAUAUGGGGAAUUUUAUGACUAUGAUGACGCAGAAGCACAUGCUGACAAUAAUUAUGACGAUUAUUAUGAUUAUUACAAUGAAGAAAAUGAUGAGGAGGACAAAGAGCGUCAUCGCAGUCAUACUGACUACCAGUAUCAUCCCAAUGAUAACAGCAAUGGUAAAAGACAUGGCAGUUACAUGGUGGAAGCGGCACCUGCAACACCACAAGAACAACCAGCAUCUUCAUCAGCUUCACCAACACCACCACCACUCCCUCCACGAUCUCGUGUUGAUGUUGAUGCUGCUGCUGAUGCUGAUAGAACUAUGACAACUGAUGCUGGUCCUACAGUAGUUGUUGAUGCUGCUGAUGUUAACAAUGUUAAAUAUGAUAAGCACGUGCAGCAACAUCGUCCUCACAAACAACAGCAUCAUCAGCAUCAACGUCGCCUUCAUCAUAAUAGUGACCACAGUGGUGGUGGCUCUAGCAUUGCCCCUAGUGGAGGCAGCAAUGAUGCAAACUAUCAGCGCCGCCAAAACCGCCAUCGACAUUCCCGACAACAGGAAGACAAAGUGCGCCGCUCACGUCAACAAUAAAACCACACAUUAAUACAAGAUUGACAGUGAUUUGAACUCUCAACCUUGAUCACUGACUCAGAAAAACCAAGGCAAAAAAUGAAAUUGACUUUCCUACAAGCAUGUAAAUGACUAACUUCUAACAACAGUUAUGAAUCUGAAACUUAAGCUGGCUAUAAACCCUGCUCUAACUUAACUUAACAAAAACCUCUAUCUUAACACUUAACCUUAAGUCUAACCUUAAUACUAACACCAAAUUUAAAUUGCCUUAUUAUUCAUCUUUCUGUGAAACCAAAACUAGACUAGAUGUGACCAUGCAUGACAUUUUGGUUUUCAAACUUAAUUCCAAAUUAUCUGUUUAACUUUCGACCUUAGUUUUCUGACUACUAGCAUCAAUCUCUGCCCACUCUGUAAUUAAAGGGGACUAUUAAUUAACAUCAUUUAACUUCCAACUUGCGUUCACACUUCUAAUUUUCACUCAGCUUUUUCCUUUGCCUUUGGCUUUUGCUUUUUUUCAUUCUAACUUCAAUCUCUAUCUUUCAAUGGAUAAAAAAUAAAAAUAGAAACACUAUUAACCAGAAGUGAUUAAUCAGCUUUGAUUUGUAAAUUUAGAAAGCAAAAGAAAAAUUAUGUAUGAACUUCAUCUUUGUUUAUUAAUACUAUCAAAAAAAAAAAAAACAGGUUCUCUCAUAACCAAAAAUGAACCACAGAUUGAAUGGUAGAUACUAAACGUAACAAGUAUUAAGGAAUGGUGACAAAAAUAACUACUUAUGACCUAUGAUAAUUGAUUUGCUUAAAACUUUUCAAUUUUAAAACUUCUAAAUUUUUAUCAACUUCUACCUUUCUCCCCUUCAUUUCACCUAUUCUGACCAAAAGAAAACUAUGGAAUGACUGGAAAUAUGACUGGAAAAAUGGGAAUCACAUAUCAGCUCGAUCUUCAAUUUUAGCUAUUGCAGCUUUAAUUGGCUGGAAGUUACUGUAAUUUUUGAUGAAAAACAAUUUUAAAAUUUGCUCAUCUGUGAACUCAAGUAUAGAACAGAAGUGAUGGACAUAUAAUUAACCAUCAUUUUGGAAGAAAGUAAAUUGGAAAGAGAAAUAAAGAAUCAUGUAAGAACUAUAACUCAAAGAGAUGCACUAGAUAUUCUCUACAAUUUUUGAGGUAUAUAACAUCAAAGAAAAUUAUGCAUGCACUUUGAUCUUUGAAUUUGACUUUUGUUUUUGUUAUUGUUGUUGUCCUAAAGAAAUUCAAUGUUGUAAUUUAUUUGAAGAGGCAGAAUUGCUUCAACUUGGAUUUACUUGAGAUUUGAAACUUCUCAGGAGAACUUUGUCAUGGGGUCUGUGCCUCAAGCAAGUUUAGUAUAGCAAUAUGCCUUCCCAUUGGUAUAUAGGUUCUAUAUCAAAAAGGCUGCUCUGUUGUUAACACCUUAUUUUUUUAAAUUUUCUUCUUUGAAUUCAACCUCAAAUUAUUUUUAGGAAUUUUGCAUGACAGUUGGCCAGAAUUAAGGAAGUUAUUGUCAUUUUGUGGGAAUGUGGUUAAAAAAAUGAAUAAUUUAUCAGCUUUGAGCUUUAAACUUCUAAGUGACCUAAAAUAAUGAAGUAUUACAAAAACAAUUGUAUCCUGUAUGAGCUGUGACUUUUGAAUUCAACUGCAACUGGAGUUAAUUUUUUCCUGUCUUUGAUUUUUUUUUACAUAUCCACAUCUUUCUCAUCCUUACUGCAAUUAAAAUUAAAAUUGAAAAUUAAAACCGCACUUAAACCAGAAAGAAUAAACAAUGAUUUUGUGGUGGAAAAACCCCCCAAAAUCUUUUGACUACUGUUCGAUCUCAUCGCAAAUCAAAAAUAACCAGCUGUAACAUAGUGGCAAAUGAUAUCAGGAAUAUGAUAUGUGACUUAUAAAUUUCAUUUGAAGUGUUUUUCACUUUGGACUUUGGACAGAAAUGGAACUAGAAACUAUUUUGGGUUAAGAUGUAAUAAAAAUAAAAUAGGAAUUAUGUAUGGACUUCAAGUCACAUUUGGACAAAAUGUGUGGUCAUUCAUGGGGAGAUUGUAGUGGAAAUGAAAAUGAAUCAAUUAUAUAUGAACUUUCAAAUUAGACCAGAAGUGAUAGACCAAAAGUUACCCUUAUUUUGACCUCAAAAGGCCAAACAUUGAUUAUUUGUUUCUGACAUCCCUUCCUUCUUCUUAAUUGUUUUAUGACCAAAACUGAAACUACAGACAGACUGGAUGUAUUAGAUCAAAAUAAGACUGAAUGACAAACAAUCUUGUAAUUGGCUUCAGCUAUCAAAUUUGAUUUUUGAUUUUGGUUUUGAUUCUUGUUCUGUUCUGCAACUUCUGAGUAGCCAAACUAGAAGUGUUGUAGCCAAAUAUUCCUUAUAUAACAAAAAGUUCUGAUUUGUUUUGGAGUAGAGUAACAGAUUAACUAGAAAUGUAAUUUUGGGAAUAAAGGAAAAGAAAUAAAUUUUGUAUAAAGUGUGACCAUCAAAUUUAAUCUCAGUUUCACACUUAUUUUUCUGAUUCAGAACAAAUUUAUUAAUCGAAGGGAAAAAAAACAUACAAUCCAUGCAAAAACUGAACAAAAUUUUUUUUUUAAUCAGAUCUCUGAUUUUUGGUUUUGAUUUUAACUUUUGAUGUCUAAAUGGAAAAGAAAAACAUAUCUACACACACACACACACAUACACACACACACAAGUACAUAUAAUAUCCUGACCCCUCAAAAGAAAUGGAUUGAUUAUAACCAAAAAUUGCCUGUACCCUUUCACUUCAGAAUUUAGGGAAUGAACAAAAUGUAAAUGCUAACAGUAGAAUUUUUUUAAUAUUAAACUUCAAAAAAGCAUUUAGAGAAAUUUUAUCAAAUAAACCAAGUGUAACUGUUCACCUUUGAAGUUUUGACAGUUAUUUGACCUUUGUUUUUGGUCCUUCCCUUUCUUUUGACUGCUUUUAAAAAAGUCAGUGAUAUAUCCAGACCAAAACCAAAUCAACUGUGACCAAGAUUUUGUAAAAUUCAUGAUAUUAGGUAUUAGGUUGUUACAGUUACAUAGAGAGUAAAACUUUUGCUUGCUUUUUGUGGAAAGAUUUCUUUUAUGCAUGCACUCAUACAUACAUACAUACAUACAUACAUACAUACACACAUACAUUCUUACAUAUAUGUACACAUACUGAGUAGUAUUUUCUUUUUAUUUUUGAUAUAUGUAUAAGAACUACAAUAGUAACUAAUACCUCAAAGACUAUAUCAAUCUAUUACCAUUUUUUAAAAAGUUAGAUCUUUAAAAGGCACACUUCAAUUAAAUCCACAGAUCUUUUUUUUUUUUAAUAAU